AUGAACCCAGAAUAUGCAAAUUGGGAGAUACAGGACCAACUCUUGAUGAAUUGGCUUCAAGCUUCACUCACAAAAAGUGUGUUUGUUCAAGUUAUUGGCUGCUCAACAUCCAAAGAGGCAUGGCAAACUCCUGAUCGAUUGUAUUCUUCAAAGUCUUUGGUGAGAAUCAUGCAAUUACAUUUUGAAUUGAGAACAAUCAAGAAGGGAACUCUUACUAUGGUGGAAUAUCUACGUAAAAUCAAAGGUAUAGUAGAUAAUUUAGUAGUAACUGGCCAACCAUUGUCUCAAGUAGAUUAUGUUCUCCCUAUUUUAUCAGGGCUUGGACCCGAAUAUGAAUCAUUUGUGACUUCCAUAAUUACCACAUGCCCAGAUCAAGUAUCUUCUGGUGAUGUUCAAGGUAUGCUUUUUAAUCAUGAAAUCAGACUUGAACAUCUUAAGUCCUCUCUAGACAUAUCUCCUUUCUCUACAAAUGUUGCUACUAGAAACAAACAAACUGUAUCAGAUUACCAACAGAAUACAUCCAAAAGCAGAGGAAAUAGGAUGUACAACAAUAACAACAACAACAACUCUAAGAACAAAACCUAUCAUCCUUGCUAA